GUCGAUUGGUGGAUAUAUGAUAAGGAUUAUACUAGUAAAUAUAUCAAUGUUCCUAUAAUGGGACAUCCUCUAGGGUAUAAUGAUAAGGUUUUCACUUAUGACAAAGAUGGGCACAUUAAACCAAUAUCACUACUCCAUCCGAGGUAUAUGUCGAGCGCAUAUAGGAAGUAUAAUUACAAGAGUAAUCUCUCUAAAGAGUGA